AAAGUGCUGGCUAAAAAAGGAAAAUCCCAGGUUGGUGUCGUAGCUAGCGGCGAAAGAGGUAUGAAUACUACAUUCGUAUGCUGCGCAGUUGCUGCAGGUCAAUACGUGGCACCAAUGGUAAUUUUCAAGAGGAAAAGGAUCGCGCCAGAGCUGGCAGAUAGAGCUCCCCCAGGAUCGCUGAUCGAAAUAUCGGAUACUGGUUACAUUAACGUCGAUUUGUUUGUUACUUGGUUAAAACAUUUCGUUGCUGCAAUUGAACCUUCAAAAGAGGAUAGAGUGCUUUUGGUUUUAGAUGGACACACCACACAUUCGAGAAAUUUAGCAGCCAUUGAGAUGGCCCGCGAGAAUGGGGUUAUUAUUUUACAGCUGCCAGGUCAUACCACCCACCGUUUACAACCACUUGAUGUGGCAGUAUUUAAGCCAUUCCAGGUCUAUUACGACCAAUCGGUUGAAAAAUAG